AUGCUGUUUGCUACUAAUGGGUGUGAGCAAGUUAGAUAUUCUAUACCGGAGACUUCUCCUCACAAAACUUUUUAUUAGAGGAUGGGGACGGCCAGAAGAUCUCAAAAGACUUUUUGAAUUCAGGAAGAUGAUUGGAAACCGAGAAAGAUGCCAGAAUCUGGUUUCAAGCGAUUAUCCAGUGUACAUUGAUAAGGUAUUCAAAUAGAAGAAAUGCAGUUGGAGAACUGUAGGGAACAGGGGAAGGGGACGUUACCAGAACCUCUGCAGUAAGUCCUAGUCUCCUGCGAGCCACGGCAGCACACGGCAAAUUACAGGAAAGGUAGAAAAAUGAGACUGAGAAGAAGCUGAGCUUUGGGUCUGAUCAGUGCUGCUCUGGGUGGCAAAGACAAAAACCCCUAGCUUGCAGCACCUUUUAUUCAGUUCAUCAGAAGAAACAAAUGUCACAAAUGAAUAUGUAGAGUUCAGUACUUCACCUUGGGAUAAACAAGGUGUAACAAAAGACUGGGGAGCGGUGGAAGUCUAAGAACAAUGAGGAACUAAGCUGACGAAGAUUUGAUUCCUUCCAGGAACUACAGAUUUGAUUCCUUCCAGGAACUACGCAGAUGAAGAUUUGGUUCCUCCCAGGGUGUCUCCUGCAGAUUGAAGAGCAGUCAGACUGUAAGAUCCUAGAUGGACACUUUGUCUCCCCAAUGGCCCAUUAUGUACCUGAUAUCAUGCCAAUUGAAUCUGUUAUUGCAAGGUUCCAAUUUAUUGUGCCUAAAGAAUGGAAUAGCAAAUAUAGACCUGUGUGCAUUCAUCUUGCUGGAACAGGAGAUCAUCAUUACUGGAGGCGACGAACACUAAUGGCCCGUCCUAUGAUUAAAGAAGCCCGAAUGGCUUCACUGUUGUUAGAAAACCCUUAUUAUGGCUGCAGGAAACCCAAGGACCAAGUGAGGUCCAGUUUAAAAAAUGUGUCUGACCUUUUUGUGAUGGGAGGAGCCCUUGUUUUAGAAUCUGCAGCUCUCUUGCACUGGCUAGAGAGGGAAGGUUAUGGACCAUUAGGAAUGACUGGAAUAUCCAUGGGAGGACACAUGGCCUCCUUAGCAGUAUCCAACUGGCCUAAGCCCAUGCCAUUGAUUCCAUGUCUCUCUUGGUCCACAGCAUCUGGAGUGUUUACUACGGGUGUAUUGAGUAAAUCAGUUAAUUGGAGGGAGCUGGAAAAGCAGUAUUAUACACAGACGGUUUAUGAAGAAGAAAUUAUUCACAUGCUUGAAUACUGUGGAACAGAUUCUUUCAAAAUGGGACAAGAGUUUGUGAAACGCUUCCCUAGCAGUGCAGACAAGUUGUUUUCCAGAAGUUUAAAUUUAGAUAUGACAAACCAAGUUGUGUCCCCAACACCUACUGAGUGCCAAACUUCUCGUAAAACAUCUAUCAGUGCUACAUCAGAAGGACUCUUCUUGCAAGAUACCUCUAAGAUAGACUGCCUGAAUCAAACACUUUCAACCAACAAAAGUAGUUACACAAGUUAUAACCCUCAGUCAUACCAGGUACUCAGCAAAGAACAAAGAAGAAACAGUCUUCAAAAAGAAUCUUUAAUAUUUAUGAAAGGAGUCAUGGAUGAAUGCACUCAUGUAGCAAAUUUCUCAGUUCCAGUUGACCCAAGCCUCAUUAUAGUGGUACAAGCCAAAGAAGAUGCCUAUAUUCCACGAACAGGAGUUCGAAGUCUACAAGAAAUUUGGCCUGGUUGUGAAAUCCGAUAUCUAGAAGGGGGUCAUAUUAGCGCUUACCUUUUUAAACAGGGACUCUUCAGACAAGCCAUCUACGAUGCAUUUGAACGCUUCCUCCAUAAAUAUGCUAACUAACUGGACUGCUGUAUUACAGUAUAACCAGUGCAGCCAUUGUGUUUCUUAGAAAAGAAACUUUCAUCCUGUGAUGAUGCGAAGAACCAGCAGACUGUACUAUAUAUCUAAUUUUUACCAGUUUAAUCUGGAAUUCAGUGUUACAGGUCAGUCAGUUAUAAAUGUUAAAUACUACAUUUCAUUACUUUCAGAACAAUAUUUGAAUUAAAUAAUUUGAAGUAUUUUGCUAUUGUGGGAGUCCCAUAUACUCAAUAUCUAGUCUGUUUAUGAAAACAGCAUUUUAAACUGAGUAAUUUAUUAAUUUAAAAUAAUUUUAUUCAUAGAAAUCUUGGUUUUUAAUAGAAUUGCUAAAACGAAGAAGAUUGUAAUAUAUCAGCCUGUACAGUAUACCUUUAUGACGUUUCUGCCAAUUUUAUUUGAGAAAUGUGUGGUUUUUUUGAUGCAUGGUGAGUUUAUAGUCUUAUUUACAAUUACAGUUAAUUUUCUGCCAUAGAAAUAUUUGUAUAUAAAAUCACUGUUAAAUUUGAAUUUUAAAAAAAUCCUGUUUUGUAGAUAAGUGCUUUUAAUAAUUAAAAUGAGUAGGCUGGGGAUUUAGCUCAGUGGUUCUGCCUCCUGCCUUGCAAGUAUAAGGUCCUGAAUUUGAUCCCCGAAUAAUAAUAAUAAUAAUAAUAAUAAAAUGAGUUGAAAUACAGAUGGGAUGAAUUAAACUAGGCUAGACUUUAAAUUUUUACUAAAGAUUAGAAUUCUAAAAAUGCCAAACAUUUCCCCUACUUGAAAAAUUUCAAGUCAUGAAAAAGGGAAAUAAUGGAAGACCUUCUAUUACAUUGAUGGUUCUUUGUUUAUCAUUUUCCUGUAUACUUACUCAAUUUGCUAAGCAUCUGACUUUAGCUAAAAUACUUAACAGCUUUGCCUUCUUAAUUUCAUAAUACCAUUUAUGAAAUUGAUUUGUCUGCCGGGCAUGGUGGCGCAUACCUGUAAUCUCACUGCUAAGGAGGCUGAGGCAGGAGGAUCACCAUGAGUUCAAGGGCAGCCUGGGCUACAUAGUGAGUACAAGGCCAACGCAAACUGCAAAGCAAGACCUUGUCUCCAAAAUACAAAGAAAAGAAAAGAAAUUGAUUUGUCCCAUACAGACUUUUGAAGUUUUAUAUAUAUAAUAACUUUUUUUCCCCUUGGUACUGAGGAUUGAACUCAGAUCCUCGAGAUUGCUAGGCAGGCACUGUGCCACUGAGCUAAGUCCCAAGCCCUAUAAUAAUGUUUUUAAAUGGGGAAUUAUAUGACUAAAUUUCAUGCUUAUUUUUGCAGGUUUUUUCAUGUUUUGUUUUUUUUUUGAGGUAGGGUCUCCCUAUAUUUCCCGGGCUCAAAGUUCUAAUCCUACUUUAGCCUUGUGAAUGCAUUAUAAGUGUGUGCUGCCAUGCCCAGUUCUUAGUGCUUUCUUUUUAUGUUAAACUUCUCCAGCUGAGAGUUAAAGUUAAAAAGAAAAGAAAAUAUUUUUAGGUAUUGUGUGGAGGUUUGGAUUAAGUGUAUUUGAGGGUUGCUUUUUUUAAAAAUCUGUGUUGUUUAUGAAUUAUAACAUGUAGUUUUAUAACAUGUAGUAAGGAUGUACGAGUUACAAUGUGCCUUUGCAGCCUUUUUAAAGAUUUUGUAACUUUAAUGCCUCCAUCUUAAUUUUUUUUUUUUUGGUACCAGGAAUUGAACUUGGAGACUCACGCUUUGCCAGGCAGAUGCUGUGCCACUGAGCUUCAUUCCUGGCUCUCCAUCUUAAUUUUUAUAACCAUUUAAAAUUAGCUAGGUGAGGUAGCACACACAUGUAAUCCCAGCACUCAGGAGGCUGAGGCAAAAGGAUUGCCAUAAGUUCAAGGCCAGCCUGAACUACACAGCGAGAACCUGUCUCAAGAAAAAAUAAAAAAUAAAAUUAUUAAUGUGACAUCAUUGAUGGCCCACAAAAUAGUAAUUUCUUUAAAACUGCCCUGCCAUAGGGCCGAGGAUUUAGCUCAGUGGUACUGCGCCUGCCUUACAAGCGCAAGGUUCCAAGUUCAGUCCCCAGUACCAAAAAGUAAAACUGCCCUGCCAUAACAAAGCAAUACAGAACAGCUUAGAACCUAAAGCAGUGUUACAUGUGCAGAACAGAACCUUUAUAGUUUUAACUCCCAAGUAUAAAGUCUGCUGAAGUUCUUCUACAAAAUAACCUUUAAAGAUAAAAUAAAACUUAUUGCCACCUGAAUUACAGUGACUUUAUGUCAGGCAUAUAGUGAGAUAUGAUUGAAUGCUUCUUGAAAAAUGACUUUGGGCUGGCGAUUUAGCUCAGUGGUUCUGGCGCCUGCCUCACAAGCACAAGGUCCUGAGUUUGAUCCCUGGUACCAAAAAAAAAAAGAAAAAUGACUUUGGUAAAACCAAUAGUUUAUUCUUUUUCAUAUAAACAUUUCUUACUAAGCAAUAACAUACUAUGGCAUGUGGUUUUCUAUUGAUAAACAAAUGAAAUUUCAGUACAAGUUUUUUUUGAGACAGGGUCUUGCUAUGUAGUUCCCAGUGGCCUUGAACUCAGCUGUGUAGCCCAGGCUGGCCCUGAACUCAUUGUGAUCCUCCUGCUUCAGCCUUCCAAGUGCUGGGAUUACAGCUGUGCACCACCACACCUGCCCGGUUAUAUAGUUUCAACUUUUAGGCCUAACUUUCCCCAAAUGUGAAAGACUAUUUUUCUUUGUUUUGCAGUAGCAGGGAUUGAUUCCAGCCCUUUUUGUAUUCUUAAUUGUAAUUGGAGAUAAUGAGUCUUGUUACAUUGCCUAGAUUGGCCUUGAAUUUGCAGUCCUUCUCCCUUAGCCCCCAAGUAGCUGGAAUUAUGGGCAUGCACCAUGCACCACCACGUGUAGCCCAAUAUUUCAUCUCUUACCUUGAUGUUUUAAAAGUGUACUCACAAUUCAGGCGUGGUGGCGCACACCUGUGAUCCCAGCACUAGGGAGGCUAAGGUAGGAAGAUCCCUGAGUUCAAGGCCAGCCUGGACUACAUAGCAAGACCCUUUAAAAAAAAAAAUUGAAAAGUCUUUAGGCUGGGAAUCCAUUCCCAAGUUUGCCCUUGGAUUCCCUCUUACAUCACACUACUCCACUUUGUCUUUCCUACUCAACAUUGAAGAUAUCUAAGUUUGAGACCCCUGAUUUUGAUCUGUGAUUAGGAAGUUUCUGAAUUUUAUGAUUUGCUAAUGUUGUAUUACUAUUAAGUCAUUUUAUCUUAUGCAUUUUAGAUUGUUUCUUAUGAAUGUAUCUUUUUUUAAUGUGGUGCUUUCUUCUGCAAACUACUGAAUUUUUAAU